AUGGCUGACCUCAACAUCACAUGUCCCUUUUGCCCCUUUGCCGACUCUGACGCUGGGUUCGUAUCUCAGCACAUUGAGUUCUGCCAUCCCGAAGGCGGGGACUCUUCCUUGCCAGAGCUGGAGACUGCUUAUCAGACAUUCCCAACUGACGAGACGGACAAAUAUGUCGACUGUCCACUUGGAUGCGGUGAGCUAGUGACAGCCGCCGAAUUGGAAUUCCAUCUCGAUUUCCAUGGUGACGAGGAUGUGGCACAAGACGAUGUCAGUGCAACCCCAGCACGCGCGCGCUCUCCUGCCUUUUCUGAGGGCGAAUUUGACGAUCUCGAUAUGCCGGAUUCCCACAAAGGUGGUAAACGUGGGAUGCACAGAGAUGCUGCCCGCGCCAAUACUGCCAAGCCAGCACGGCCGCAGAGUCCCCCGAGGACGACUAACGCUGAAGGUGUAAGACGGCUAGGUCGCUCUGAGCUGGGACCUCACGCCCACGAGAAAAAAAUGCCAUCCUGGCUCAAAAAGAUGCUAGAGAAGGGCGGCAACAUCUCGAAGCAAACUCAGAUCACGUCUGAUGGGAAGCUAGCGCGGAAAGAGGUCGUUGAGAAUGAAACAGAUCACUUAAUUCCGGCACUGGCCCAACUCUGCGAGCAGGACAAGUCUGUCAAACGGGCUUUCCUGUGUAGCCCAAAGGUCCGCCAUAUUUGCAAGAUGCGCCGGGAGGGAGGCUUCUGUGGAUAUCGCAAUAUACAGAUGCUGGUUUCAUGGCUGAAAAAGACCCACAGCUUUGGACACGAACACUUCCCGGAUAAAGGGCCAACAAUCCUCCAGCUACAGGAUAUGAUUGAGUCGGCAUGGGAUAUGGGAUUCAAUAGCUCCGGCAGAGCUGAGACAGGUGGCAUAAAAGACACGCGCAAAUUCAUCGGAACGCCCGAGGCCCUCUUCAUGAGCCUAGGAAUUCCGUGUAAAGGUGCAAGUCUCAUGGAAAAGAAUGAUCGACGAGCGUGUGACGCCCUUUACAUGCAUAUUGCGAACUAUUUUCGAUCGGCCUCGCCGGAAGAUGAAACUAGGAUUGUGCAGACCGACUUCCCGCCCAUUUACUUCCAACACGAUGGCCACUCAAUGACCAUUGUCGGAUUUGAAAUCCGAGAUAAUGGCUCUGCUAAUUUGCUAGUAUUCGAUCCCAUGUACAAAACCUCUCCUGCAAUGGAACGGCUUAUAGGAUCCUCCUCCAAGCCUUCUGAUCCAACUCGUCUCCUAAAGGCAUACCGCAGAGGGACCUCCUAUCUGCAAAAGUACAAAGUCUUCGAACUUCUCGAUAUCAUGAUGAACGGCAAACAUGAGACCAAACUUGUCAAAAGUUUACAAAGGCAGUUUUAUACAUCCGAAUGCGGUAAUCUACCCCUCCGCGAUAAGAUAGGCGGGGCAAAAAUUAGUCCGAAAUUAUUUCAUCUGGGGGAAUCUCCAAAUCGCUUUGUACACCGUACAAUUCCACAGCAAUUCAUCAUGCGUACCUCUCCGAACGUUAUCAUCACCGGUACUCCCGGUGUGGGAAAGACUGUCCAUUGCGAACAACUUGCUCAAGAAAUCGGUCUGAAGCAUCUAUCCAUCAACCAGGUCGCAAAAGAUCGCGGUUGUUUUGACGAGUAUGACGAGGAACUGAAGACCUGGGUUGUUGAUGAAGAUAAGCUUCUCGAUGCCCUCGAAGAUGAAAUCCCCAACGGCGGCUACCUAAUUGACUGGCACGCCUGCGAUCUUUUCCCUAAAUCCUGGAUUGACCUUGUUGUUGUCCUCCGCUGUCCCACUACAGACGUUCUAUACGAUCGACUUUCCUCGCGAGGCUACCACGAGAAGAAACUAGGAGAGAACGUCGAUGCCGAGAUCUUUGGCGUACUACUCGACGAGGCGCGGGAAGCCUUCGACGAAGAAAUUGUGGUGGAAUUGAACAGCGAGCAAGACUCGGAUGUCGAGUCCAACUGCCAGCGGAUCUCACAGUGGGUCGAUUCGUGGAAAGAGCGUCAGGCUGAGAAUGCGGAUUGA